AACGUCUGUACGAUGUCUGCUCUUUCUGCUCUCACUGAUGAGCUGCAGAACAAACCAGGUGAAGCUGAACCUGAGUCCAAACAGAUCUCAGUUUUUUAAAGGAGAUUCUGUUUCUCUGAGCUGUGAGGAUGAAGACAGAUCUGCUGGAUGGACUCUGAGGAGAAACAUAACCAGAGGAACCAGAACUCAGUGUGGAACUGACUGGGGAAAAGGAUCUGGUUCCAGCUGUACCAUUGGUAAACUAUUCCAGUCUGACAGUGGAGUUUACUGGUGUGAGUCCAUGGAGGCAGCAGCCAGUCAGAGCAUCAACCUCACUGUUUCUGGUGGAUCAGUGAUCCUGCAGAGUCCUGUCCUCCCUGUGAUGGAGGGAGAUCCCCUCACUCUGAGCUGUCAAUCAAAGCAGGACUCCCCCCUCCCAGCUGCUUUCUAUAAAGAUGGCUCCCUCAUCAGGACUGAGCCCGGAGGUCACAUGACCAUCCUCCAUGUUUCCAGGUCUGAUGAAGGCCUCUACAGGUGUAACAUCAGCAGUCAUGGAGAGUCUCCAUCCAGCUGGAUCUCUGUCACAGGGAAAUCCACCACCACCUCUCCUCCUACAUCCACCUCUACUCCUACAUCCACUGCUACUCAAGGUUCUCCUGGUUCUCCUCCUACCUCUCUCUCUCUUCCUGUGGUCUUGUCUGUUGCAUGUGUUGGUGUUGUGGUUCUGCUGGUUUUACUGGUUUUACUGGUUCUACUGGUGAGACGUCGUGUUCUCAGGAGACCUAAAGCUGAUGGAGGAGAAGCUGGAGGAGAUGACAUCACAUACAGUGACAUCAGAGUAUUACAUCAUCAACAGCAGCCAAUCAGACGGAGCAGAGAGAGCGAUCCAGCUGCAGUCUACUCGGCAGUGAAAGGAAGAGAAGACGUCACUUAUGGACAGAUGGUCUUCAAAGACGGUGGAGGCCGAUCAAAGAGCAGAGACAGAGAUCCAGCUGCAGUUUACUCAGCAGUGAGAACAGAAGAAACCAGCUAUGGACAAAUAGUCAUCAGACCAAACAGGAGCAGAGAGUUUCCACUGGAGCCUCAGGUCAUCUACUCAUCACUGAAGUAGUCCACCAGUCCAACCAGUGAGCUGCUGGCCUCUAACUGGUCCACACAGCCAGUCACAACACAGUACAUUCACUUUUUAUGGAGAUUUUGAAAUGUUCUCACUCAAUGAUAUUCAUACAAAAGAGUGAAAAAACUGCAGAAACUAAAAUAGUAAAACCAGAACAUCUUAAAUGUCUCCUGUUGAACAGAAUGUAAUGGUAACUAGUGAUUCUGUGUUCUGUUCUUCAUUCUUUUUAUUUAUGCUACAGCGAUCAGGUUUCUCUGCAGGAUCAAUAGUUUGCUUGCUGUUCUUCUCAUGUGGUUCUGUAGGUUGUAGAGAGACGCUGAAUGAAAACUUUGACUGGUUCUGGUUGGUUGUGGCUAACCGAUGUGUGUGACUGUUCAGUGUAGAUAGCAAAGAACACACCUACAGAAACCACAACCGCAGACUAUAAACAGCAUCCUCUGCUACUGAAAACUCUGUGUAGAAGUUUUUUCCUUUUUUAAAAAUAUAAGGUGUGUUUAAACAGCUUGUUUAGUUGAUGAUACAUCUCCUUGUUAAAUUCACAAGCUGUUCAAACUGAGAACGCUUCCAUCCAGAGAAGCCGUAAAUGAGCUUCUGAUCAUGUAUAAAAUAUCCAGGAUAGAAUAAAACGACACUGUGCAGUUUGAUGUUUGUGGUUUUGCUGUGAGGUCUGUUGAGCUCAUUAUCAGGACGUCUGCUUCAGUCAGCCUGAGAACAUUCAGAGACAUCAGCAUCUCAGCUUUCACACAUUUAUUCCAGUUAAUUUACUGUGAUCCUCACAGACCAGUAUAAAAGAGCAUCAUCUGCAUAGAAUGAAACAGUGAAUUAAAAAGUCAGAAUUAAAGAGUUGUGCAGAAUUAUAUUUGAUAAUAUAACUGUGGUGACGUUGUAGUAUUUUAUUUUGGAAAUGUCUUCUACCAAUCAGUGGAAAUAUUUGGUUAACUCAUUCGCUGCCAUUGACGUCUAUAGACGUCAACUGAAAUCCGAAAGUUCGCUGCCAAUGAUGUCUAUAGACGUCAAUCAUGUUUUUUGACUGGGGGGGCUGCAGGACAGUCUGUCGGAGCUUGUCGGUGAAAAUCCUGGAGUUUUGGAACGUGAGAGUGUUGCGGUGGGCCAAAAGAAUGGCAAAGACAGUGACCAUGGUGGGCCGACAGCAAAAAGUGCCGUUACCAACAGCCGCUGGUGAUCAAAGCCGCGCUAGGUUUCUGUUUCUGUUUCUCCACCACCGCUCUCUUGAGCUCAUCUGACGAAGCCGAGUCAGAUGAGUUUAGAGCGAGCACACAUACACACACACACACACACACACACACACACACACACACACACACACAGACACAGACACAGACACACACACAGACACACACAGACACACACACACACACACACACACACAGACACACACAGACAGACACACACACACACAGACACACACAGACACACACACACACACACACACACACACACACACACACAUACACACACAGACACACACAGACACACACACACAUACACACACAGACACACACAGACACACACACACAUACACACACAGACACACACAGACACACACACACACACACACCUAAAAAUAUUUAGUUUAAAUUUUGUAAGAUGUAUUGUUCUGAACCAAAAUGUUGACUUGUGUUGUUUGUUUGUAAAUAAAUGAUUUAGCUAACAAAAGGUUAAAAAGUUGACCUCAAAAUGUUUUUUCUGAGUUGUUUUUGUUGUUUCAUAUAAGUAAACAACUGUUCAGUUGUGUGGGAUGUCACUAAACCAAAAAAUAUUGGCAUCAAAGUGAUUGAUGUGCCUCUCUACAGAAAAAGCUCGUUAUCUCUGUUUUUUGGUCAAAAACAGGUGUUUUUGCUGAAACUACCCGAUGUUCUGCUGCCGAUAACUUUAGAACCGAAAAUGCUAGAAACAAACUUUUUUUCCUGAUGAAAGAAGAGAAUCUACACUUUCUUUUGAUAGUUUCAAUGUUUAUGUAGUCUAAAAACUUCAUAUUCUGUAGGUCUUGAAAAAUCUGUCAAAAUUCUUAAAAA